CGUCCGCGACACGCAGUAGCCAACGCCAUACGUACCAUCAUCGCCGCAUUGCGGACUGUGCAGUUGCAGCUAACUGCAUCGUUUCGUGUGUGCGUGCGCGUGUGUGUGUGUGUCGUUGCAACUCCGCGCGCUACAUAACAACACGCAUAAAGUUACUCCGAUAUAUCCGUAAUAUAUGUUAUACAGAAGUGUAAAAGAGAGUGGGCAGCAGACUACUAUCGUAUCUUCCCUCGUCGCUCCGUUGUUACCGCGCGGUACGCAAAAUUUUUCCUCGUGUUAAUUGCCGAGUCGAGUUUGUUUUCUAACCUUCAAGCUACGUCCAUGUUUUUGUUCGUCGUUCUCAAGUGUUAGAUCGUGCCGAGAGAAAGUUCACUAUUUCUUUCUCUUUUAAAUAAAAAAACAUCAUCGAAAUGUCAAACAGUACAACGCCAGUUUCGGAGGCGCGUCUGCGUCGCAGACCAGCUCGCUACUCGCCGGACAACAUGCAGCCUAGCAGCAGCUCGAACAACAACAACAACAGCAGCAGCAGUCGAAACAACUCCGGUGCCGACAGCUCGCAGCAGCUGCAGUACCAAGCCACGAAUGGCGAGACGUCGAUCGCCGCCAGUGGUGGUGCUGCUGCCGGUGCCGCUGCUGAUCCCCAUCAGGACGAGCUGCUGAGACUGGCCGCUCUGGCGGAGAAGGGACUGCUUCCCGAGGGCAGCGAAAACAACAGCGGCCAGAGCGUGACAACGCGCUCCAAGACACCCCGGAUCAACUUGGGUUACAAAAAGCGCAAGUACACGCGCAGGAAGCCUGUCAACAACAAUGGCUCGUUCGUCAACAACGGCAAUGGCAACGAGCAGCAGGCCACACCACCCCAGCCACCGACCAAGAGGCCCCGAGUUGCCAACGUGCUUCUCGAAAACGAGAUACUCAUUGACGAAAUCAGAGCGAGGAAAGCCCUGUGGAUGAGGACCCACGAUCAGCACCACUCGAAUCUCCUCACUGCGCCACUCUGGGACGAAAUUGCCAAUAUUCUCGACUCUACUCCGGAAAAUGUCAAAAGAAGAUGGAAGAGCAUGAAGGAUCAUUACAGACGCGAAUUGAAAAAAGAAAUGACAGACCCAGCAUCACCUAAGUCUCCGUGGCCUUAUUACAAGAAAAUGAAGUUCAUGAAAAGUCAGAUGUUUGUGUCUAUGCGUAGAACAGAUGGUGAUCAAGAGUUAGAAAUUCUUAGUGCAGAUGAGGAAGACUUAACCAAUGAAUGGCAAAAUAGUUUACCCCGUAAGAGGGAAAUAAUGGAUGAUUCCGAAGCUAUGGAUCAAUAUGGCUUAGACUCAGAGAUGAGACAAUUAGUAAAGUAUGAAAAUCGUGUACUUGCUGAAUCUAACGCUGAACAAGUAGAUGAUUCUCAAGAAGACAUGGAGCAACAACAAAUUCCAGAAGAAGAACAAGAAGAACAAGAAGUAGAAGAAGAGGAGGAAGAACAAGAGGUAGAACAAGACGAUGAACAGGAUGGUUUGCAAGAUGAAAGUUUGCAAGAUCAUAAUCCACUAGAUUCUACCAUAACUUCGAUAGAAAAUUUGGUACAUAUGCCAAAUAUGACCACAACAACAGCAUCUGCGCUAUCUCAAAGAAUGUCUAUGGAACAUCAGAAUCAACAACUCAAUGGUAUGAUGAAUCAAUCACCAUCUGCGCAUAUUAAUAAUAGUUUGAAUGAAAUGCCAGAUAGACAUUCAGUAAUGCAACAUAUUAAUAACAUUCAACCAAGUUCUGGAAUACAACAAAGAGUCAAUAUUGAUGCUCUAAGACAACAAAAUAACAUGGCUGGUUUACAGCAGCAGGUGCAUAUUAAUAGACUGGAGCAUCCUCAAAUGCAACAGCCGGUGAAUAAUAGUGAAAAUAUGAUAAGUGAUGACUAUCACUUCUUCAUGAGCUUAGUACCUCAUGUUAAACACUUUAAUACAAUUCAGAAACUUAAAGUUCGAAGUCGAAUCCAACAAAUUAUCUUAGAUGAAAUAAGUAACAGUCAUGAUCCUCUGGCAAACUGAACAGCUUUAGUUAAACAAUAUCAUUUAUUUAUUGUAAAAUGUGAAGUGAAACCAUGUAAAUAUAAUAUUAUUACUUUAGAUAUUAAGUUAGAUUUUUGAAGAUUGUAGCAAAAUAAUUAAUUUCACGAUGGUGAAUUGAUGAAACAAUGAUAUUCAUUCUUCUACUGCGAAUCAUCACAGACUAUAUAAUUUAAAACCAAAAGCAAUUAAUAGUUUAAAAACAUUUGCUUUUUGUAAAUAGUAAAGACUUUAGGAGUACUAUCUAUAAACUUGAUCAGUUUUUGUGUCUGAAGUGACCUUAAAUCAUUUUUUUCUUCAAUUAAUACAAAAGUCAAAAAAGCAGUUUGGGAACAGAAUCUAACUAAAAUAUUGCAGUGUUCUAUGCCAUUCCAAGUUGUUUAAAUUUUUGAAAUUGUAAUUAUUAAACUUCUGAGAUAUAUUGGCAGUUUUUAAGCUUUGUGUAAAUAUGUUAUAUUUUAAUCACACACAUCUUUAUGAAUGAUAUCAUGUAUAUCAUUUUACAUGGUAGAUUAAAUAGCACGUCAUAAAAAAUUCCUAAAUUCAAAUGUGUGAUUGCGUAUGAGCAUGGUGAAAAUACUGUUUUUCAAUUAUUAAAGUAUGUAACAAUAAGAGGGUGUAUUAUAGUAUAAAUAUUCAUAAAAACAAGCAAUGCAAAAGAAGUAUAUCGUUUUAUUUAAUAUUUGUAUGACUUUACGAUUAGAUCAUUUGAAUAACGAUUAAAAAGUUUUAUCAAUGGAUUCUCUUAUAUAAAGAAAAAGAAUAUUGAUGUGUUCUACUAAUAUGAUGUGAAUCGCAUCUUCGAGGUAAAUGCAUCAAAACCACUGAAUGUACAAAUGUAUGUUAAUAUCAUACCAAAUUUUUGUAAUUUGUUACCCACUAGACACGUAGAUUCACUGUCGAUCGAGGAGAAAUAAACAAUUGAAUUGUAUAAAUAGAAAAA